AUGCAUGUGCGGAAAGUGUCGCCCCGGAUUAGGGACGACACUUUCCACUUUUAUUGUAUUUUUGGUUGAAAGAAAGACUGUUCUUGACAAAAAAUCAGUUUAGGCGGAUAAGUGUCAUCCCUGACUAGCAUGUGCGGACUGCGCAGAUUAAUCCGGGACGACACUUUACGCACUUGCAUUAAACCCCCUUUUCACGGAGCACGGACCAUAUAUUAUGAACAUGCGACUAAUGUACUGUGUAUAAACGCACUGAAACUAUUUUACGCUGCGUUGAUAACAGGAAUAAUUGAUUGCACAUUUGCAGCCUGUAAGAGUCAAAUCGUCGCAGUAUGGCUGGUCAGGAGAUAACGGAGUGAACAUCUGUAAAUUGCAUGAUAAACUAGUAUUUAUAAACUAUAUAAGGAUGAACCACACAUAGCAUUGUUCGUUUAUAUCCCGCAUUUGAUAAACUAACACAAGAUAUUCCGUUUGUUAUUAUUUUUAUUUUGACAUUGACGUGUUCGUGCCACAUAAACACGGAAUUAAUUUUAAAAAGAGUAGGCGCAUCUACUACACAGGACGCCAUAUUUAAAACGCUGUUGACAUCGGGAAAUAUUGAUAACAUAUCGGCAUGAAAUUCACUUUCGGCAAUCAACCAAAAUGGAUUCAAAGAUACAAGCUGAUUUGGAGGUCAUUGCCGCCGGCACAAGAGGAAUUUUGACCUCGCUGGAACAUAUCGAGGAAUAUGGAGGACACAUGUGCAGAAACCAUGAUGUGCUGUCCGAGAUCGAACAUGACCUGCAUGUUCUAAAUGAACGGGUAUCCGCGGCAGAGAAAUCAGUCAAAAGGCAACCAAGCAUGGCACAACUGAGACGAAGAUUCGACGAGAUACAAGAACAGAUGGAUGAAAUGCAAAGACGUCUCAGUCACAUUCAUGUUGGUGCCUCUGCAAAUAGCGCGCUAAUAGAAUCUAUAUACGUGCAAGCUUCACCUAGAAACGGUUCUGUCCCACAAUCAGUCGCACCCAAUCACGGACGUCUCCUACGAGGGUCGGCUAGUGUAGUACAGGCUAACGUUAAUGUCCACAGUCGCAGUCCUACCGAGAACAAUGCAACACAUUUUAACUCGCAGCCGACACAAGACAUUACAUCCGGCGAUGAGAUCAGUGAUGAAGCAUUAAAACAACAUACGCCCACAGAACAGGCUAUAGUGACUCAAGCAUGGAAUCAACCACCAAUAGGAGCACAGCAACAGACAUCCGAGCAAACAAUGGAUACACAGGCAUGGAUUGAAUUUGCUGACAGGGAGUCAGUCGAUGCGCGAUUACGCACACAGCCACUAAGGGGUUUUCACACCGUCUUAUUGCUGGAUAUAUCCGAAAGUAUGACAUCAGGAAAUUCAUGGGCACAAGCAAAAACAUUUGUCAGCGAAUUUAUGGCAGGUUUACAAGAGCACGACCCCCUAUAUCAACCAUCAGGUGUGAAUGAGCACGUAGCGAUUGCCACAUUUGGUCACAAAACACAACUGGAUGUGUUGAUGACGACUGACUUUAGUGCAGCUCGAGAUAAAAUAGACACCAUGACGCUGGGCGGUCCCAGUCCUCUAUAUGGAGGUCUGCUGGUUGCUCUUGCUGGUGUCAUAUCCGCACAAAAUAAAGCGCAACGUGUCAACGGUUACCUUAUGCACAAUAAAAUCAUCGUUAUAACAGAUGGUCGUCCGACUGAAACUGCGAAAAUAAAAGGACCUGACGUCGCGGACCAACAAUCACGCGACCAGACUACUGUGGACAUAUUAAGCGCGAUGAACAUUAUAGACACUAGACUUGUGUCUGUCCUGUAUGUCGGAGUUGGUCAUUACGACAAGGAGUUUUUGGAAAUUUUGGCCGCGGACUCGCCAUCCAGUACUGUUUUCACUUACAAGGACGGACGAAGGCUUUCACGGCGCAAUUACCUCUGUUUAAAAGUGUCGUUCGUAGAAUUGACAUUAGCUCGACUAAUCGGACACGGAAUGGGAGCUGAUACCACAAUAACAGCUGAAGAUCUUGACGAUUUGCGCGAUAUAGAAAGGACCUCCGCCAAUUAUCUCGCACGAAUUGAAAGGGGUGAAAGACAGAGUAGAGAAGAAAAAUACCACGAGAGCUCCAAUCCUCAGCUUCCGAUGAUUGGUACCCGUGUUGUUAGAGGGCUGGACUGGACCUAUGUGGACCAGGAUAAGAAUGGACCGGGAACUAUUGUUGGUCAUGCCGCCAAUGAUGCCGUGGUUUGGGUACACUGGGACGAAAGUAAUGAACUUUAUUGGUAUCCUUACGGGGACGCCGGUUUUGCUGUCCUCAUUUCUGACGAUGAAAGGAAGUUACGUCCAGGUGAAAUAGUAGCAGUUGGAUGCCGCGUAAAACCGAGUCCAUUUGCAAAAGUAGAAGGCGUGCAUGCUUGGAACACUGGGGUAGUUAUUCGACUAAAUCCUCCAAAGGCACACGUGCGAUGGAGCAACGGUAAAAGAGGCGACUAUACCUACGGCGUUGAUGACGAUGCUGAAAUAGAACUAAGCUCAGCGUCAAGCGAGAGUUGCGUCGGGGAAAGACCAAAUCUAAGAAAAGCAAAACGGACGAGGAAUAAAAACAAGCAGACAAAAAAUACCUGAUUGCUUUGGAGUUGUGUUUGCGAAACAUAUAAAACCUAGGCGUGAACAGAAUAUUUUCAUGUUCAUAUUUUUUUAAUGAGCCUGUAAGCGUUUCGAACAUGUAUUUGGACGUAAGGAAACGCCUGGCUUAAUAACUCACUUAGUGAACUAAUUUAUUAGUGAUUGUUCAUUAUUUAUUUAUUUUUGUACCUAUCUCUCGAGCUCGAAAUUAAUAGCACUAAGCAUUAUUACUAGUUUCUGUGAUACCUGUGCAUUACUAUUAUUAAACAUGUAGCGUAUUAUAUUUACUCAUUUUAUAUGUAUAUCGUUGUAAUUAUAAUACAUAAAUACUCAGUAUUUGAUUAUAAAAACAUUCACAUUUAAAUAAAACAAACAAUAUAAUUGUUUUAUAACGUAUAUUUUUAUUCUUGGGCAUAUAACCAUUAUGUACAAUCAUGUUUUAUAGGAUUGAAUCUGUAGAUCCUGUAGAUUGAAAUUAUAAUUUGUUACAGAGUGUAAGGGAGCAAGAAUUGCAGAGUGUUAACCAUCAAUGCACACGUUAAAAAAUGCUUUGAAAUUGUUUAGCGUAAAAAGUAAAUUUUUAAAUUUGACUAAGUUUGGCCAGUAAGAUCGAAUAUAAUAUUUUGUUCGUAGAUCUUUAUAGAUGGAGCAAGUAAGUAAGAAGUGAUAUUCCGAUUCAACAGUGUUUGCGUUACAAAGCUUACAUUUACGUUCAAUUCUGGGUAUGUUAUUAUAUCUACCAGUCUCUAUUUAUGAGCGCUAAGUCUAAAUCUGGAUAACUGUUGUUAAUUAUUUCUAUUAUUAAUGCAAUCUAAAAAAAAAUUUCAUAAACGAAUUCAGUCUUAAACAUUCUGUAGUGUUCUAAUUUCGGUUGGUUAUUAAUUGUAUUGUGCCAAUUUUGUAUAAAAACUGCUGUAUGUGAAUAGCUUUAAACCAAAAAUGAACAUUUGAAUUGUGUGUAUGUCUGAACGCUUAGCUUCGCCUGCUUAAUAAAUUGUGUUUGAGUUUUUGUUUAA